AUGGUGCUAAAAAGGUUGGACAAUAAUAUAGAGGUACUCAAUGAUGCAGAACAACUGGGCGACGAAAUGAUUCGUAUUGGUACUGAGUUGGGUGACGAUGCUUAUGGCACUUUGCUGAAGCGAUGUGGCGAAGCUGAACGAACCAUAGGAACGGCAAUUUCGGAUUUCCGACGACGCGUUGAAGACGGAUAUUUGGGUGCUCUUCGCAGCUACUCCCACAACUGUGCAAAGUCUGCUCUGAAAGAAUGCGAAAAGCUAGAGGAUUUGCGACUAGAUCUGGACCGGGCCAAGACCCUUCUGAAGCGCUCUAAAGAUGAUGCGAGCAAAAAGCAGAAAUACGAACAACAAGUUUCAGAAGCGCAGACUGCGUACACUCGUCAGGUGGACAUUACCAAGAGACAUUUGGAGCAAAGCAUCGCAGACUUUGGGAAGCUUCGUGACUCCUUGAUCGAGUUUAUGAAGAGUGAACGCGAAUACUACGAACAAUGCCUUCGAGCAGUGAAUGAAGCACUUCAAUGA